AGCUUCUCUCUUAUCUCCUCCCUCUCUGGCUGCACACUCCACACCGCUAAAGCAAAGCCGAGCUGAAUCACUACCUUUCCCGCACACUCUCAACUGUUGCCUGUGAGAAAGAGGAACUGGAGACUUAACUAUUCAGGCUGCUUCCAUUCAAGUGUUCCAAACGGUAGAUACACAUCCAAACGGACACUUCUCUUGGCUCUUUGGAGUAUAUAAGGAGCAGGCAUCUGAAACUGCAAUCUGAAGCUAUAUUCCAGAGAUGUUCUUGAACAAGUUGCCUGUCGGUGCAAGCUUCAAAAGGGGUAUUUAAAUGGCCAACCCCGUGCAUCCUGUGAGCCAGGAAAGGAAAAUAAAUCUGUUGAAGAAUUUUAAGAGUCAAAUCUUCUGAGCCUACACCUGCUGCUGUCAGCAUCUCUGAGACCUACUCCAUCUGAGAAUUACCAGGUCUGACAACACGUUCCCUCCAGCCUACAGUGAGGGAUGUCAACAAAACUGUAGAAAAGUCACAUCCUCUAGACUUCCAACCCUCAAGCUGUGGCAGCUGGGAAGAAACCCUGCAAGCUCCAUCCUUACGGGAGAUUCAGAAAGACAAGAAGGGUAAAAACUCAGAUAUGCUGAGCCUGAAAUAAACAAAAGCUUUUACAAAGUCUCCUCACAGAAGAACCCAAUUAGAUUCAUAUAAUUAAUGCACACAUUAGAUGAGCUAUAGAUAAAAUAGAGCCCUUCCACCCUCUACGAAAAGACAGUAAAAGUCCGAUUUAAUACUCUGAGACAUUCUUAUCUACAUACCAGUAUUAUAAAGCAGUUUCACCAUAUUUUAAUCAGUAUAUGAGUAGGACUGGGGAAAAUAAAAUAUUUUAUUUACAUUUUUAAAAAACGAUUAAAAAGUUCUGAUAAAAAAAAAACUAUUUGGGAAGGGCACGGUGUGCUGGAGGACAGAGAGGGUGUGGCAAUUGCCAAAUUAGAACAUCACCAUUUUCUUACUUGUGCACUACUGACUUGGCUCUGGUUGUGACUGCUCCGUAUGACAUUGUUAGAACACCUCCAUCAUAUUCAGAGACAGUCUAAGUGACUGUGGAAUGCCUCAAGGGCAAUAGCAAUCAAAUAGAAACAGGGACCAACUCAAGUCUUGAGUGAUGACGGAGGUGCAUUUCAAGUACCAUGGAAAUCUCACUGGGCGGGCCCAUUUCCCCACCCUGGCAACUGAGGUUGACACUACUUCAGAUAAGUAUUCCAACCUAUAUAUGUAUGUGGGCUUAUUCCUGAGCCUCCUGGCCAUUCUCCUCAUCCUGCUCUUCACGAUGCUCCUCCGGCUCAAACAUGUCAUCUCACCCAUCACCUCUGAGAGCACAGAAAGUGUUCCUCAGUUCACAGAUGUAGAGAUGCAGAGUCGAAUCCCCACUCCUUAAAGUUAGGAUAAAAGUGUAUUUUAAUGGAUCUCAGUGAACCCUUGAAUGUUGAUGUUCAGGAAAGCUUACUGUGUUGCACGUAGCUUUCCAUGUAGGAAUCAACAAGUUGCUCACUUAA